CCAGUGAUCACCGCAACUUCUGUGAUAACGGUCACAUCCAGUUCAGUUUCCACCGUCACAUCAUACUAUCCGACUGCUGCUGCAGUGGCCAAGCGUGAUCUCGAAGACACCGAGUUCGAAGACUGCGAGAUUGAAGAGCGUGAUGCGUCUUCAACAAUCACGGCAUCUUUGACGAUCCCUGCGUAUGCUUCCGCUUGCACGAACUGGGCAGAAUAUGUUGCAGCAUGCUCAUAUGCUGGUGUUCCGCAAACGACUUCAACUAUCUCGACCACCUUACCAGCGAGCACCAUCUUUGUCACAAUCUCAUCAACCUCUAUAUCGACACUCACAGAGAGAUCAAGCACGGAAGUUCUUUCAUCACCCUCCCCGCCGUUUCCACCAGCAUCCAGACAGCCUACACAACUCAAACAGCAACACCUAGCACCAUCUUCGUUUACCAAACCGUCACCGUCGCAACUUCCGGUGCCGUACAAACCGUCUCCGCCCCUGUCCCGAACUUCAAGCUAGCAAUGGUACCCGUAGGCGGUGGGACUACACUCUACAUGGAAGUCCUGGUGGGCGAUGCUCUAGCCUACAAAAGCACAACCGACAUCACCCAAGCCUCAGUCUUCACAAUCGACACGUUGAACCGUCUCGUGACCACAGCCGCAGAUCCCGAAAUUGCAUGUGCCUAUAGCUCCAUUUCAAACUACUAUAUGGAAGGUCUGCGACACACGUGGUUCGAUGCCCAUACGCAGUAUUUCACGCCCCUGUCUUGUGCGGUCAAUUCGGAUUUGACGUUGACUUGCUCGUAUAAGACUGCCACUUCGUUCACAUAUUAUGCGAGUCAGCAGUCGUUCUUUUAUAGUACGGCUGGCUAUGAUGGUUUCCCGACGUACAUUGCGAAUGUCAUUCCUCAAUAGGCUGGAUGGCCCGGAAGUGUAAAGAAAGAACUUAUAGGCUC